CCCAAACCAACUAAUCUGCUAUAUAUUGUUUUUGCUGUAUAUUUUUACUCUUGCUUCCAUUUGUAACACCUAUUAAUAUUUAAUUUGUUUUUUAAUAAUGCGCUACAACUCGUUGCUUUAUUUCACUCAAUAUUUGCUCGCAAUAUCGUUCAAUACAAUGGAAUCAGGCGCUCUUGCCAUUUCCCCCGCCGAGUAUUCGGCCACUGUUUCCGACAGCACCACUCAAAAACCUCCUGCUGUUACAGCUGCCACUGCCGAUCCAGUGUGCACAUGGGAUGGCACACAAGUGUUUGACGACACAACAUGGACUCCAGUCGCAUCCUACGCGUACAACAACUACACCGGUCCGGUGGUUGGUCCCAACCUCAUUGAUCAAGACAUCAUGCUCAUGGUCAACGGUAUGACAGUUGAAGAAAAAGUCGGACAAAUGACACAGAUACAGGUCGGGCAGAUCAUCGAUUGUAACGGCAAGCUAAACACUACGGCAGUCGAGUACUGGAUUGACACCAUGAAGGUUGGCUCAUUCCUCGAGACCCCUGCCAACCACGGUGGCAAGUACAACUGGUACUCGGCAAAGAGGUUUGCAGAGAUAACCGACGCUGUCCAGGCGAUUGCACUGAGGCGUGGCUCGCGCAUCCCCGUCAUCUGGGGGCUUGAUUCGGUGCGCGGUGCUAACUACAUCAAGGGUGGCACAAUUUUCCCGGCGGGUAUUGCUACAGCGGCAACAUUCAAUCCGCAGCAUGCUUACGACGCCGGCCGUAUUGCGGCCAAGGACACUCGCGCGGCAGGCGUGCACUGGGCGUUUGCUCCUAUAAUGGAUCUUUCCGUCAACAAGCUGUGGUCUCGCGUGUACGAAAACUUUGGCGAGGACCCGUUCCUUUCGUCACUGAUGGCCAAGUCAUCUAUCGGCGGCCACCAGGGCGACUAUAAGCGUGAUCGGUCGCGAGUGGCAGCGUGCCUCAAGCAUUUUAUUGGCUACGGCUAUCCCUUUGACGGCAGCGACCGGGCGAACCGCCAUAUUGCAACCCACGAGCUGCUCGAGUACUACGUCCCGCCGUUUAAGGCUGCCAUAGAUGCGGGAUCAGCUACGGCCAUGGAGAGCUACGGCGCAGUCAACAGCGAGUCUGUUGUUCUGUCUAAAUAUUAUCUCCAGACGCUGUUGCGCGAGCAGCUAAAGUUUAAGGGCAUGUUGGUCACCGAUUGGGCAGAGAUUAACACCCAGGCGACCAUGUACCACACGGCCAAGGACGUCAAGCAGGCCACUCAGACAGCUUUGCAGCGCACCUCUAUUGACAUGAGCAUGGUUGCCGAUGACGAGUCCUUUAUCAAGGUGACUGUGGAGUUGGUCAAGAGUGGCGCUGUCUCAGAACGCCGGCUGGACGAGUCUGUUGCGCGCAUCUUGCAGCUCAAGAAGGACCUUGGGCUGUUUGAAUCACCGUAUGCCGACCCCCAGCUUGCCUCCACUGUUGGAUCUGCGCAGGAUAUCGAGGCUGCGCGUAACACUGUACGCGAGUCUAUUACCCUGCUCAAGAACACCAACGGUGUGUUGCCGCUAAAGCUGAGCGAGCGCGUGUUGUUCCUCGGGCCGACACUCAACUCUACGCGGUACAUGAGCGGCGGAUGGAAUGUUCACUGGCAGGGGCCUUCAGACAAGGAAGGAGAUGCAGUGUAUCAAGGAUUUGGGGACACAGUGCUCCAGGGAAUCAAAGCCGUGACCGGCGCUGCGCCGCAGUAUCUGCCAGGUAUUGAUAUCGGCGGCACUGGCACUAUUGACGUUGAUGCGAUCAUGUCUGCAGCUCAGAGUGCUGACAAGAUUGUCAUCGGGCUAGGCGAAAACACGUACGCCGAAGAGCAGGGCAAUAUCGAUAGCCUGGCUUUACCCUGGCAGCAGCUCAAUCUCGUGUAUACCGUUGCGGCCGCUACCAAGAAGCCGGUUGUUGUGGUGUUGAUUGAGGGGCGUCCUCGCGGCCUGGCCAACGUUCCCAAGAUUGCUGACGCUAUAGUCAAUGCCUAUCUGCCGGGCGCUUACGGUGGCUUGCCCAUUGCCGAGGUGCUCUAUGGAAAGGUCAAUCCGUCAGGCCGCUUGCCCAUCACUUAUCCAGCCACCGAGGCGCAGGCGAGCUCUACCAUCUGGCAGGCGUCAUACUCGGCAUACAACCCGCAGUGGGAGUUUGGCUACGGACUCGGCUAUUCCAACGUCACUUACUCAAACGUCACGCUGUCCAGCAGCUCGCUUACUGUGGGCUCGCCGAUCACAGCAUCCGUCACUAUCACCAAUAAGGGACCUUAUCCGCAGAAGGAGUCUGUGCUCUUGUUCACGCGCCAGCAGUACCGCCUUGGAUACGCACCCGAGCAUUAUCGUCUGCGCGACUUCACCAAGGUUGAUCUGGCUGUCGGUGAGACAAAGACCGUUGUGCUCAAUCUCAAGGCAGAAGACCUGGCGUUCUGGGACAGGGAUCUCUUGAGGCGCAUCGAGCCCGCCCCAGUAAACGUUGUCAUUAAUCCACACGUGCAUAAAGGUCUGGUUGCUGUCGUCCAGUUGGAUGCUGAUCCGGACCAUGUGCUGGAGCGUGCGCCCUGGUCUUGAUUUUUUAUCAUACAUUAGUGAUUUCUUGAUUACCAUUACCAUUACCAUA